AUGCCAGCCUCCAAGGCCUCCCGCUGCCUGCUGUUCUGCCGCUGCCAUCCUGAGGCCCCGCCCCGCGGCUACGACUCCUACCAUCUCCCCCUGAAGCCUGCCCCCGUCGACCAUGCCUGGGGGACCUUGACCUACCCCCCGCUGAACUACCGGACGAAGACCUACGGUGCCGCCGCCUCUCAGGAUGCCCACCUGCCCUAA